GGUGACGGACUUUUCCAAUGGAUGGAAAACGUGAGGGGAAGGGCUUCGAAGCGAGAAGAUAAUUUGAUGUUAUACAGUUUUAAAGUUCAACCUAGAACUUGUUAUUUAACGGCAAAUUUCCAACACUAUUAGCUGUAAGUGAAUUGAAUUAUAAAACUGUCAAUAGUAAAGUUGGAGCAAAAAUCUGUAACGGAGCUGGUGAAGUGAACCAUGAAGAACCAUGAAGUGACCAUGAAGAAAACACUUCACGGGGAGAGUAGGGGGGCGCAAGCAACCAGCAACCAAUCUGACUAUAUGGUUGGAUCAGUAUCAGGCAGCUUGUUUCUAAAGGAAGCUUCAUCCAGCUCUAGAUCGCUGGCAGCUUUAUUCUCAUCUGCACCUCCAGCCAAGGCCCUCAUUUAUGUCCCUGCACCGAAGCCUGCUCCGAAGAGCAAACAGGAGGAUAAGGGAGAUGCAGUAGUAAAAGGCCCAAGCAACCAGCUACAAAAGAAGGCUACAAAGAGAAAAUCUGCUGCUGACCAGAAGGUGGAAAACAGAGAGAGUGCGCUCCAGAAUGCAGAUGCAGAUGAGAAUGUCACCAAGACACCCAAGAAGGUGAAGAGGAAAGUUUUAGAUGUGAAACAGGAGGGCGCUAUGGAGGAGGAGCAGAAGAGGCCAACAAAAAGACAGAAGACUGAAAGAGUGGAGGAGAGGAUAAAGCUGAAGAGGACAGUGUUUGUUGGCAACUUGCCUGUCAGUUGUACAAAAAAAACCCUGAAAAUAAUCUUCAAGGACAAAGGGCUUAUUGAAUCUAUUCGUUUCCGAUCACUGGUGAGGGAGGAUCCUGGCAUGUCACGGAAGUGUGCUACCAUUCAACGCAAAGUUCAUUCUCAAAGAACAAGUAUCAAUGCAUAUGUGGUAUUCAAAGAUGAGGAGGGAGCUGUACAGGCACUGGAAAGGAAUGGCAUGGAGAUUGAAAAAGACUUUCAUAUAAGAGUUGACAAGGUUUCCCAAAAUUCCCUUCAUGACCACAAGAGAUCAAUUUUUGUUGGAAAUCUCCCAUUUGAAAUAAAUGAGUUGCCUUUACGGCAGCACUUCGAGGAGUGUGGUACAGUGGAGGGGGUGCGUUUGGUGCGGGACGUGAACUCCGGGAUGGGCAAGGGAUUUGGCUACGUUUUGUUUGAGAGUGCAGAUUCUGUCCAGCUGGCUCUGAAGCUGAACGGUUCCAAACUCCAGGACAGGAGCAUUCGUGUGAAGAGGUCUGUCCCAAAGGACAAGGCCAUCAGAAUGGCUUCUAAGAAAGGACCUAGAGGGAGGAGAGACAAGGGUCCUAACAAAGAGACAGAAGGAAGAGAAAAAAUGGUCAAGGUGAAGGACAAAGGUACCGAUAAGGUUCAAGAGUUCAAGAGAAGACCACGGCAGGGACCUCAAAACAAAUCCAUGGGAAAGACGUUCAUUAAGAGUCCAAACAAAUACCAAAACACAUCCUCCGAGUCCUUCAAAGGUGAGAUGAGUGACCCUACCAAGAAACCUAAAAAGAAAGGGCUGAAAAAGAAGCUCAGACCCAGGAGGAGCCAGAAGACUGUCCACAUUUGAAGAAUCUGUAUUGAAGUAUUUAACUGUAAAUGUAUCAGAUAUCCUGCCCAUUCAGAUGUGGUUCGGAGUUUUUGCCAGAAAUACCACUGAGGUUGUAUUGUAAGGCUGGAUGUGUGUGUUAUACAUGUGGGCUUUCAACUUCCUUACCAAUAUUUUAGAGAAUUUACUUCUUUUUUUGCCUAUUAAAAUGGGAUAGACGAUGGGGAAACAUUCAAUAACUUGA